UCCGGUACAUUUCCGUAUAGGUGGUUUUAUUUUUACACACAGAUGAUCCGGAUCGUGUUGUUUGUGUUGCAGGUGUCGGACGGAUGAGGAAGUAGCUCCACUGGUACGUGCGCUGAAUCGGACAGCGACACGCGAAGUAGGUUUUCCCUGGAGUGGCAGCAGCAGUCAUGAAGCUUCGUCUGCACUUUGUGGUGGACCCUAUGGGCUGGCUGUGCAUCAGCAUGGUGUUCGGGAUCUGGCUCUACAACACUUUCUUUAUUCCCAAGCUGGUUCUACUUCCACACUACAAUGAAGGACACAUCCCAUGGGCCAUAGUUGUUUGUUAUUACAUAGCAUCGGCACUCUGCGUAUUGGCCCUGUUCAGAGCUUCUACAGCAGAUCCUGGACGUCUUCCGGUGGACCCCCACAUACCUCACUCUGAGAGAGAGCAUUGGGAGUUGUGCAAUAAGUGCAACUUAAUGAGGCCGAAAAGGUCACACCACUGCAGUCGCUGUGGCCACUGUGUGCGCAGGAUGGACCACCACUGUCCUUGGAUUAAUAACUGCGUUGGAGAAGACAACCACUGGCUCUUCCUGCAGCUGUGUUUCUAUGCUCAGGUCCUCAGUUUAUUCACACUGGUGCUGGACUUCUGCCAGUACUAUUACUUCCAGCCGCUGACAGAACUAGACCAGGAGAAAUUUACAACACGUCAUGAACUGGCUCUGCUGAGAGUGUCGGCGCUCAUGGGUGUGGUCAUGUUCGGUGGCAUGUCCAGCUUGUUUUACACCCAAAUGACGGGCAUCCUCUCUGAUAUGACCACCAUUGAGAAAAUGGCUCAGUUCACAAAUGAAAUAUAUGGCGUUAAGAAAUCCUGGCAGUGGGCGCUGGCUGAAGUUUGCGGUACUCGCUGGAAACUCCUGUGGCUUCUCCCUCUCCGAAGCAGACAGCCGCUCCAAGCCGGCUACCACUUCCGCACUCAUGUGUAAGCUGGUCCAGCGUCUCCUACCUGCACAGAUGGUAGGAGCCACCAUGAUGAAACACUGUACACACACUUAAGAAUCCAUCUGCUUGCCUUCAACGUCCUCCUUUGUGCAAUGAGAGCAGGGCAGCAGUGGAUGCAAGAAGCUUUUUUGUUUUGUUUUUUCAAGGCCCAGACUGGCAGUAAACAGGGUCAAGAAACACCUUUGGGAGCGACGGGAAUCUCUUUUUUUUUUUUUUUUUACCCACUGUGACUGCUACUUUUAGCAAUUGGAAACCACUUUUAAUGGCUAAUUGCAUCGGAAGGAUGGGAGUCUUCACCUGAAAGCUGCUGGCAAAAGGGACCCCUCUCAGGUUACUUAAUAAAGAGCCUUUACUACUGACCUUUAAUCAACCACAGACAGAACUUGGGUAACUUCAGUGUGUCUAUUAGGAAGGCAUUUUUUUUGGAUCAGGUUUGUGCCUUGUUUCUUUUAGCAUUGUUCUUUUUUUAAUCGGUGACACAUGAGCAGUGUUUUUGCUUUAUGUUUCUUGAUUAGUUCCACUUUCUUGUGAAGGGAUCUGCACUCCUUUAAUUAAUUUGAUGAUUCUUGAAUGUUUUCUUGCAUUGUUCCACAAGCGUUUUAUGUACCAAGUGUUGUUUUGUGAAGCAUGGCCACAGAACAAAGUUGAAUACUGAUAUGUGAUAAUUGUGCGACACAAGACCAGCUAAUUAUGAAGAUGAGAAACCACUUAGUUAAAACUUGGUAAAAAUGUGUUCAAAAUUAGAAACAAGCUCAUACAAUCAGUCUUAGGCUGUAUAUAUCAUAGUUAAACCUGCUGUAUAAUCACAUUUUCUCAGAGUUUUACAUUCCACAGCUAGUUAAUGUCGUAACCUGAUCAUACUUGAUGUUAAAUUCUUACUGAAGGGGGUGAGUGUCACAUAAUGUCUUCAAAGAUAACUUAAAUCAGUCUGUUUAAAUCUUAAAGAAGUAGUUCACUGUUGUGGGAAGUACACUAAAUCCUCUUUUUGCUGGUAAUUCGAUAAGAAAAUCGAUGCCGCUCUGUACACUAAUAUGAAACUACAACUAGGAGCUGGUUAGCUUAGCUUAGCAUCGGAAUCUUAGCACCUAUAUAACCGCAACAUAUUUAAUUUACACAAUUUUUGUAAAUAUUCAAUGACUGAGAUAUAAUUAGUAGUAAGCUUUUUGGUGAGAUGAGUUCAUAAAUUUGAAAAGAGCCAAGAUAGUUUGUUUCCUAUUUUAGAAUCUUAAUACUAAGCUACGGUAAUCGUUUGCUAACUGUAGCUUCACAUUUACUGAACAGACAAAUUGAGAACGGUAUCAGUUUUCUCAGCUUAUUUCCCAUGAUGUCGAUCUGUUCUUUUAUAUCCGUGUUUUUAUCUUGAAGUUUGCUGGUUUGUGAGGUACACCAGCACUUCUUUGCCGAUCAAGAUUUUAGGACGUGCAAUAACUAAUUUCUUAGGUGAUUGUGCUGCUGGUUAGCUUAGCUUAGCAUAGGACUUAAAUCACGUGAAGAACAAACACAACCUAUAAAACUGCAACUAUUUUAUCCUUUUUUACACUCUGCUUUUUGAGUGGACUAAGCAAAUGAGAUUUUUAAAAAGAAGUUCGCUUUUGGUAAGAACAUUUUCUCACCUUUAAAGCAAGCAACCUAACUUGUUCCCACUUUUAUAGUCUAAACGCUAAGCUAAGCUAGUAGGCCACUGGUAGUAGCUUCAUAAUUACUCAACAUGAGAAUGGUGUCAAUUUUCUCAACUUUUCUCAAUUUACUCCACAACAAAAAAUGUAAAAAAAUGCAUUUCCCACAAUGUUGAGCUAUUCCUUUAAACCACUCUGUUUAGCUGAAAUCUUCUGUAUCAACCAUAGCACUUACAGUGCACUAUAUUGGCACAAAUAACUUGAAUAUAUGUCUUUAUUUUAUACUCUUGACAACAUCAUUUGUAAUUUAUACGUAUCAUUUUAGCUGUCUUAUUUAUGUCUGAACAAGUGACUUUAUAAUUGCAUAUCUUUGAGUAAUACAGAAACGAGCAGGUUAGUCUGCUUGUGGUGACAUGAAGCUAGUUAACCCUUGACACAACACUGCAAAUUUAUUUACUGUGGUUUUGCUGUAACUUUGUGAAACUGUUUAGAGAUUUUAUUGAAUUCCUUACCAGGAUACUUAAGGGGAUGAUAAUAAUAUUAGCAUUGUGUGGUUGUCAUUGUCUAUAAUACUUGGCAAUCUCUUAGUUAACCCUGUAAACAAAGCUUAUCGCGUGUGUGAGAAAUGUUACAAUAUCCAAAUAGUGCCUGUCUAGGUCUUCUUUUUACUCUCACGGUUCAUCAUCAUCCUCGUUGUAUGGUCUCCAUACAAGCCAAAGACCAGGGGAAACAUUGCAAUAGACACCAAGUAUCCUGUAAAUGCAUGUUUCACCAAACUUCUGAAGGUAGCGGUUUAAUAUUAUGCACUGAAUUUCACAUUAGCACACAGUCUCUUUUACUGCAUCAGUGGUACUUGUGAAAGGAAGUCCUCACUUGAAGUUAUUUGAUUUGCUGUGUGUGGUUUGUAUAGAUUGCAUUUGCAUGAGUGUUUGCCGAUAACUUGAUAUUCAGGUUUUUGGAUGUUUGUGUGAUUUAUUUUUUUUUUUAUUUAUGCGUGGCGGUGGGGUUGAUCGGCACUAAAAAAAAAGUGGUGAUAAAAAAUGAACAUUCACAAUUUCUUCUUAUAGGUUUUGAAAGCAAUAAGCAUCGUGGGUAAAGCCAUCCUUAUUGUUCCAAAAGUAGUGAAAAUAUGAUGUUUUGUGACAUUUUUUAACUGUUGGAUGGGUUUCACUCAUUAAUCACAAACCUGAGAUUACCGGACUCGAGUAUUUGUCAGUACUUUAGUUACCUCUGCCAAGAUUAUUGCAGCUGCAGUGCGUAGCUGCGCAGCAUAUUUUCAAUUAACAACAUGCCCACAUCUCAUGUUGUUAAUGAAGGAAUAACAGGAAGGCUUGAGUUAAUUUGAUUUGAAUCAAAAGCUGCAGGAAACCGGAGGUGUGAACAUCUCCGAGAGGCUGUUUCUUAUUCACAUCGCCUUACUGCCUGGCCUCCCCCAGGACUCUCUGUUUGGAUCUGUGCAUUUUGUGCACUUGGUUCAUUUGCUGUAUUUUUUUUUUUAAAUGUGUUUUCAAGGUGUAUUUUUGUUUAAUUCUGACCUCAACAACUGGAACAGAUAUGUUUUGUGAAUUAAAUUCAUACACUAUAAACAUGUUACCAAUUUGUGUCUAGAAUGCCUAUGAGAAGUUGCCAAUAUAUUAUUUUACAAAACUAUUAAUUGUGAUUAUAGAAAAUAUAUAGGUAUUCAUAUUCAAAUAAAUUAGAUUCUGAAUAAGUUUGAGCUGA